GAGGGUUUGCUUCCUGGUUGGUAGGCGGGUGGCCCACGUGUUUGGCCGCCAUGCCCGCUCUAUCCGCUUCCCUAUUGGUUGGGGCUCCCUCGGUGAAGGCGGGGCACUUCGGCCGCGUAGCGGAUCUUCCAGGCUCCGAGCUUCGGUAAUCAGUUCGGCCCCAUGGCGUCCCAGGGUCGUCGGCGGAGGCCGCCGCGGAGGCCCGAGACGGUGGUGCCGGGGGAGGCGGCCGAGACGGAUUCGGAGCUCUCAGCGUCCUCGUCGGAGGAGGAGGAGCUGUACCUGGGCCCCUCGGGCCCGACGCGCGGCCGCCCUACGGGGCUGCGGGUGGCCGGGGAGGCCGCGGAGACCGACUCGGACUCGGAGCCGAAGGCCGCGCCGGGGGACCUGCCUCCGCUCGUGGUGCAGCGGGAAAGGGCCGGGGAGACCUGGGGGACCGAGGAGACGCCGGCGCCAGCCCCCGCGCGCACGCUGCUGCAGCUCCGGCUGGCCGAGAGCCAGGCGCGGCUGGACCACGACGUGGCGGCCGCGGUGAGCGGCGUGUACCGCCGCGCCGGCCGCGAUGUGGCCGCCCUGGCCAGUAGACUUGCGGCCGCCCAGGCGGCAGGGUUGGCGGCCGCCCACAGCGUGCGCCUGGCGCGGGGAGACCUCUGCGCGCUGGCGGAGCGCCUGGACAUCGUGGCCGGCUGCCGCCUGCUGCCCGACAUCCGCGGCGUGCCGGGGACUGAGCCUGAGCAAGAUCAGGGACCGCGAGCUUAGCCGUAACCCCGCCUGACUCUGCGUCCUGGGGGUGGUCCUUGGGGCCUCCGGGACCUGGCUCUGUAUCCUGUGUAGUCCCCUUCCCAUCUUGCUGUUUUGCCCCCAGGAUAACGCUCUGUGUGUGUAGAGGGGGCGGGUAAUAUUGUGCAGCCCCGCCCCACCUCUAGCCUAGGUUCCUCCCCACCCCGUCCUGUCCCCAUCACUGCUCCCUGGUUCCGAGCCCGUCGCUGAGGCUUGGCUCCAGCCCUUGGGUAACUAGUCGCUCCUUGAUCUUUCUCCAUCCCGGGGUCUCACCUUGCUUCACCUUUUCUUGCGCUCUGCCUUUCUCGAGUUUGGUUUCUGCUCACAGGGCCUGGUCUUGCUUCUUCGCAUAGGAGCCCCAGAAUCUGGUGCAGGUUCCAUGGCAUCUUCCUUCACUCCCUUGUCUCUGCCUCUGGUCCUAGAACCACUUCUGGAAUUUUGUCCCCACAGCCUGGGUCCUUUUUCUGCUCCUCAGGCUCGGCCCUGGUUCCCCGUCCUAGUUCGUCCUCUGCCGUCUCCUCGCUUCCAGUCCUUGGGCUUGGUUCCACCCUCUGCGCCCCAUCUUGUUUCCUGAAUCCAGCUGUACCCUUAGGAUUAGCUGCUGUUGCUUUUCCUUUUUUACUUUUUCAGAAGAGCUGCUUUUGCUUUUCCCAUUUUAUUUAUACUACCUACCUGAUCUUGAGCUCCAUAGCCCCCCCACCCCAUGGCCCCAAAUGAGGCCCGCCUUGCCCCAAGGGAGUCCUUCCAGUUUUCCAGGCCUGAGAGGGCAUCUCCCCAGAUCCUCCAGACCAAGUUGGUAUGUCCUCCUUACUCUCCAAGCCAAGGUGGCCUUUUCUGUCCAAGCUCUAGCUGCAACAUGCGUCUCCUCCUGACUCUCCAGGCUCACAGUGGCGCCCUUCAGGCACUUAGCGCCCAAUACAGGCUUGCUUGGGGAACUUUGGGUACAUGAAGACCACACACUGGGUGUUUGCUUACUGUGUUGGUCCCUGGAGGCCCCAGGGAUUUGGAUUUCUGGCUCGGCUCCGGGUCUGGGGCUCGCAGACUCUCUGCUCUCUCUUGUGCGCCCAGCUCUGGUCCCUGUGUCCCCUUCACACGUAUCCCCCUCCCCUACUUUUUAAUCCCAACCUGCAGCUGCGCCCCCCCCCCCCCCCCC